AUGUGGUCCGGCUUGGAUAAACCUGGCGCUCUCCCACUCCUGAUCCUGAUUGUGUUCUCGCUGCUCACGUUGGUGCCAUCACUACCGAAUCUGUAUCACUCCAAGUUUGCAGACUUCAGCUUCUACACCGGUGCAGCUCGUCAGAUCCCUCUCCUUCAAGAUAGUGUCACUGAAUUAGCACCGAAAGCACACACCCUCAACGAGCCUCACAAAUCAUGGAUUCUUACAGCGUCACAUCGAUCGCGAGGAAAUCGCCCACCGUUUACCGCACGCAUUGGCAGUGCCGCUGUGGUCCCAGCCGGCGAAACGAGCAUCGCAAAUAAAAGUCGACUUUCAUCGUUCACGCGCGAAUCCUCAUUUUCAUUCAGUCGCAAAGCCCGCGCAUUCAGAACCUACUUCAUUCAGCAAUUAGACGACUACCCGUUCCUCACGUCAUUCUCCAACCGCAGCCUAGUUGCACACUCGAUGCAUCCAUAUCCUACCAUCUCCAUGAACGAAUCUCUCCCAACAUCCGAAAACAAUUCCCCACCAAGCAUGCCGUCAUAUAAUAAUUCCUCCGACACCAUCCAGGAGCCACUACUGCCCUUUCCUGCCUACCUCCGCGAUAUGUGUCAGCAGGCCUGCCAUAUCACCAUUGAUUUUGGAAAACGCGUCAGACUCCACGGAGCAAAUUAUGCGAAAUCGAUCUCCCUCCCGGAGUGGAUCACAGGGGCUCCCACAUCAUUAAUACCCAACCCCACAAUUCCCAACGCCGCCUCAGAUCAAGAUUCAUUCACCCCAUCCGAGCAAGCACCGCACCAACAAACAGUUGGCGCUGAGGAUUCCACCGAUGCUGCCGCCGGUCGGCACUCGCAGGAACUCCAUGGAAGCUGCAUGGCUGUUGUUAUCGGUCUUGUUGCAGGCAUCAUGUGGUUCUAG